AUGAUUGUUGAGGCUGGAAAUCAAAAUCGAGAUGGCAACUGUAAUGAGAAAAUUAGUCAUUCAAAGGAUCUAAAUUAUGUUAUGCCAAUUCAAGCAAGAUGGCUCCAUGAACCCGAUGCAAGAGAUAAACUUAUCUCUGCUCAUUUCCGAAGGAUUUUUCACUGUCAUUGUGGAAAAUUGGAGAAGUUGCUCGGCUUGAAUUAUGUUGAAGUUUCCAUUUGUGGAGAGUCAUUCAUGUUACAUCAAAUACGCAAAAUGGUACGGACAGUAGUUGCGAUAAAACGCAAUCUUCUACCACAUGAUAUUUUGAUAAUGUCGUUAUGCAAGUUUUCAAGGAUUCUGUCACCCCUAGCCCCAUCAGAAGUUUUGGUUUUGAUGGGGAACAAUUUUGCUUUGAGAAACCAUCCAGGCAAUAUAAUAAGACCUGAAAUAUUGACAUUGUUGGAAUCAGAUGAUAUUCUCAAGGCAGUUGAUGACUUCUAUUACUCUACAAUGUUACCUCAGCUGUCUAGAUUUUUAAACCCUUCAAAGUCCCCUUGGAGUGAGUGGGUAGAAAUACUGGAUGCAAACACAAGCAUUCCAGAUUCUCAAUUAGAAGAAGUAAGGGUUGCUUGGAAAUUGUGGAAGGCACUGCAUGAUAGCAGAACUAAGUUUCCAUCAGUAUUGGCUCAAGAGUCUGGUGUCUUGUGAUGGUCAAAUUGUUAGGAGCAGCAAUCAAAGAUAAAAACCUCUGUUUGGUAUUUGCUAAAACAAGGAUGAAAAUUGACAACUUGGAAAAAAAAUGACCUUUUGG